UGUGGGUAAAGCAAAAGAGGCAGGCGUGUUUUAACAGAUGGCUCUUGCUGUCCCGAUUCAGCCAGCUCACUGCCUCUGGUACAGCUUGAACAGAGAGAGAGAGAGAGAGAGAGAGAGAGAGUGCGCACGCAAGGUAGUUCAGGAAAUUGAAACCGCUUCAGUUCAAACUUUUUUCUUUUUUUUCACUCGUCUGUUUUAAAACUUUCCUCCCAGCCUCUCUCGCUCUCACUUCUGUGUUGACAGACACUUGAAAGUUUGACAAACUUUUCAGCAAUGCAGUGACCACAGUGCAACAGGCUGCAGGAAGACAGAUUUCAGGACAGAAGAGUCCCCCCUCCCCUUCUAAAUCCCUCCCAAGCCAGUCCGGCUUUCUGUUUUGGGGUCUCCCGCCGCAGGACAGAAGGGGACAAACUGCCACCUGCCUCCCCUGCAGCUGUGUGUGAGCAGAGGCAGAUGCUCGACUUCUGCUGAAUGUGUUUAAGCCUAGAGCGGAAACUUCAGCUAAUUACCCAAACCAACAACAAGGAACCGAGAACAAGGUGGAACCGGGACACGACUAGAACAGAGACUCGAGACCGACGGUGUACGUAUAUGCUUUGUGCAUCUCCACUGGUGUCUGGAGAAGAAAUCAUCUCAUCUUUGUCAGGUGUCACAAGGUGAACUCAGCGUAGUGUGAGCGUGCGCCCUGAGAGGGUGAUCGGUUUUGUCCAUGGCGACGCAGGGCCUGGCGUCCCGGCUCCUGGUGGUGUUGGCUGUGUUAGCCGUGGCUCAUGCCUCCGUCUUCCUGUCCAAUCAGAGACAGAAACCACGGUUCCAGCGAGACCGCCGCAAUAUCCGCCCUAACAUCAUCCUCAUCCUCACCGAUGACCAGGACAUUGAAUUGGGCUCCAUGCAGGUCAUGAAUAAGACCCGGCGGAUCAUGGAACAAGGUGGAACGCACUUCACCAACGCGUUUGUCACCACACCCAUGUGCUGUCCGUCACGCUCCUCCAUGCUGACGGGGAAGUACGCCCACAACCACAACACUUACACCAACAACGAGAACUGCUCUUCACCCUCCUGGCAGGCUCAACAUGAGCCGCGCACUUUUGGAGUUUACCUCAACAACACUGGCUACAGGACAGCAUUCUUUGGGAAGUAUCUGAACGAGUACAACGGUACGUACAUUCCUCCGGGCUGGAGGGAGUGGGUCGCCAUGGUGAAGAAUUCCCGCUUCUACAACUACACCCUGUGCAGGAAUGGUGUCCGGGAGAAACACGGAUCUGACUACGCAAAGGACUACCUGACAGAUCUCAUAACCAAUGACAGCAUCAGUUAUUUCCGCAUGUCAAAGAAGAUCUACCCACACCGACCCGUCCUGAUGGUGAUCAGUCACUCGGCCCCUCAUGGCCCCGAGGACGCGGCUCCUCAGUACACCACUGCCUUCCCCAAUGCAUCCCAGCACAUAACGCCCAGUUAUAAUUACGCCCCUAAUCCAGACAAACACUGGAUUAUGCGUUACACCGGCUCCAUGAAGCCCAUUCACAUGGAGUUCACCAACAUGCUGCAGCGCAAGAGAUUGCAAACGCUGCUGUCCGUGGACGAUAGUGUGGAGAAGAUAUAUAACAUGUUGGUGGACACUGGGGAGCUGGACAACACGUAUGUAAUCUACACGGCUGACCACGGGUACCACAUCGGUCAGUUCGGACUGGUCAAGGGGAAAUCCAUGCCGUACGAGUUUGACAUCAGAGUUCCCUUUUACAUCCGCGGCCCAAAUGUGGAGGCAGGAGGCAUCAACCCACACAUCGUGUUGAACAUAGACUUGGCCCCUACCAUCCUGGAUAUUGCAGGAAUGGAUGUUCCACCAGACAUGGAUGGCAAGUCCGUCCUCAAGCUCCUGGACACAGACCGUGUCAUGAACAGGUUCCAGCUCAACAAGAAGGGAAAAGUGUGGAGGGACUCGUUCCUGGUGGAGAGGGGGAAACUGCUACAUAAAAUAGUGAAUGACGAGAAAGAUAUGGCCCAGGAGGAGAACUACCUGCCCAAAUACCAGCGUGUCAAAGACCUGUGCCAGCGCGCAGAGUACCAGACGCCAUGUGAACAGAUCGGUCAGAAGUGGCAGUGUGUCGAAGACGCCACAGGGAAGCUGAGAUUGUCUAAAUGCAAAGGCAUGGCCAGUUUGUCUGCAGUGCGGAAGCCGCCUGUAUCCAGCAUCAAAUCCCAGCUUUAUCUUCAGAGCAUGAGCGCUGAUGUCAGCGUGAACUCUGAGCCUCAAGCCUGCAACUGUGAACCCAAAAGCUACAGCACCUUCUCCAAGAACAAACUCUUCUCCAAAAAGAAACUAAAGUCACUGAAGAGCUACUCCAGGAACCGCUUUGCCCGUGCUGUUUCCAUGGAGAUGGGCGGAGACCUGUACGCAGUGGACCUGGAUCACGAGCACAGACCCGCGGGCCCCAGGAACCUCAGCCUCCAGCAGAACACAGCGGAUGAGGACGAGUUCAGCGGGAUGGGACCCGCGGCAGUCGACCAGACCAGCAACAGCCUGACUGUGCCCUCCUCCAUUAAAGUCACUCACAGAUGUGCCAUUUUGGCCAAUGAUACAGUGAAAUGUGACGGUGGUCUGUACAAAUCACUGCAAGCGUGGAAAGACCACAAGCUCCACAUCGACCAUGAAAUCGAAACACUCCAGACCAAGAUUAAAAACCUGCGUGAGGUCAGAGGUCACCUGAAAAAAGCACGACCUGAAGAGUGUGACUGCAACAAAUACUAUUACAAAUCAAAGUACAAGAGUAAACUGAGGAAAUACAAAGCAGGAGGCGUCCAUCCGUUCAGUAGGAAAGGAAAGGACAAGGAUAAGAAGGCCUGGUUAUUACUGGAGCAGAAGCGCAGGAAGAAGCUGAGGAAGUUACUGAAGCGUCUGCGCAACAAUGACACCUGCAGCAUGCCUGGCCUCACCUGCUUCACACACGACAACCAGCACUGGCAGACCGCCCCCUUCUGGACACUGGGGCCGUUUUGUGCGUGCACUAGUGCCAAUAACAACACCUACUGGUGCAUGAGGACCAUUAAUGAGACACACAACUUCCUGUUCUGUGAAUUUGCCACUGGAUUUCUGGAGUACUUUGACAUCAACACAGAUCCGUAUCAGUUGGUGAAUGCUGUAAACACACUGGACCGGUAUGUUCUCAAUCAACUGCAUGUGCAGCUCAUGGAGCUCAGAGGCUGUAAGGGACACAAGCAGUGUAACCCUCGCACACGCAGCCUCGACAUGGAGGCCAGAUUUGGGAAGGGUGGGAAGGAUAACUCAUGGAACGAGGACGUCCCGGAAGACACCGACCUGUUUCCCGGCGAGUCGAACUGGUCCGAACUUGAACCUUUGUACAGACUUGACGAGCACGCCUACGAUCUCAAACUCAACUUCACCCUCAGCCUCGAGGACUGGGCUCAUUUCAGCCGCUCCGUGGACCACAUGUUCACGCUCCUCAGCAACGACAACCAGCCGUACUCUCCGCCCCGUCCCGAGGACAAAAACACUGGGAGAGGCCACGCCCUGGUGUCCUCCAGCCAAUCCGCUUCAGCCAUCUACCUGACCACUCUGGCCACCCCCGCGCUUUUACUGAAGGAAGCUGGUGCUGAGGUUUUGAGGGAUGCUUUUGGGCUGAACCAACAGGUACGUCCCUCUUCUUCGUCUUCAUCGCGCCCCAUGGACGACGCUCCUCUCGGAGAACUGAAAGGGGACGGACUGAGAGAAGGGAGGGACGGCGAUGAGGAGGAAGAGGACGAGUUUGUUCAGAGACGGACAGGAAAGUUAAGCUCCACCCACUGCGACUGCAAUGCCAUUUUGCAGGAAACGGUUUGACUCUCACGUAAUGUUCCUCGCUCACGCCGUCCCUCGUCAGAAAGACAUCGCAAAAUACUUCUAAAUUUGACGGAAGUGAAGAAAGAGGAGGGUUUAUGCCAGCAUACAGUCCUUCAGGUCAUUUUUCUUCUGUCUAUCGACUGGCCUCAGAAGCGCGGCGACGUUUUCCCAACUUCCUCCGUAAGAUAGGCUAGGCUUUGAACAGAUCUUUUUACUUCAUUUACCUUUCUUGGAGGGAUUAGGGAAGGUUGGGGGUUAAAAUUAAAAGCAGUAAAACUUGGGAAUGGGAAUGAGAUGUUGUGUCCGUUCAUACUUGAUUCAGUUUGAAACCGGUUUUGCACCGCAAUCUUUGAUGGCUGCUUCUCUCUUGCUUUGAGUCUCCAGAAGGUGUCUCACUUGUCUUAUACAGCCUUACAACUUCACUGAACAUCACCUCAGAUAUAGGUCAAUAGCGAAUGUGUGUGUGUGAACAAAGUCAAAAGUGAAUACGAGUGUGAUAGAUUGAAGCUUUCUGAUUUCAUUUGUUGCUCCCAGUGUAUGUUAUAGCAUUAUUUUGUUUAUGCUUAAAAAUUGGUUUGAAAUUUCUUACAGUUUCUUUGCUGCUUAUUGCAGUGUUGUGAGUUGAACAAACUAACCACAAAAAAAAGAAUAAGAAAAAAGAUGGUUCAUUUGAUGUAUCGGUCAUUAUUUGUGUUUGACAAAAAUAGUUUUCCCCCCCAAACACACUAAGAACGCCCUAUUUGUAACAGCUUGUUCUUAAACGUUUUGCUAUACACAGUGCUACUAAUAUCAGAGCAAAUAUAUGAAAUGGAUGUAUGUAUUUUAAUGUGUGUUUCCAAUAUAAAUGGUUAAAGGAUAUUUUUACUACACAUUUGAAGCGAAACAGACAUCCCUCCAGCUCCAAGUUUUAUUAUUUAUGCAGCAUUUUUUUUAACAGUUCUUUAAUACACAUUCAUUUUUUAUGGUGAUGUAUCUGAGAUUUUUUUUUUAAUUAUUAAUCCACCUACCCGAUGUGUUUCAUCCCUGUUUUGAGAUCAGUUUGGCUCUGUUCAAGAGGGUAAUCUGAUCCCCGAUUCUCUGGGAUACUUCAUCAGUACAGGUCAUUGUGUUCACAUAUUUCAUAUCAAUGUUGGACAUCCACCCCUCACCUCUCGUGGCUGUACUUAAAGCUGUUUUGUCUGAGAUUGUGAAUGGUUGUUUCGAAAACCACCAUAAUUAUUGUAAAGAUGUACUGUGUAGAUACUUGAGGAUAGGAGACGACAUGGAGAGGAGGAGGAGACAUUUUCCUGGCUUCGGCACUUUCAAAGGGAGGGCUGUUUUUGAGAUAGGAAUUUAAAAGAGAUGAGAUGGUUUUAACAAAGUCUUGUACAGUUCUAUAGAUUUAUCAUACCUAUAUUUUUGUUUUGGUUUACCAGUGAACAUUUGAUAGUGCUCAUUACUUUGUGAAUAAAGUGUUGAAUGCCCAAA